AUGAAUGCAGCAGUGAUCCAUGUGGUACAUUGGGUCCUUGUUAUAACAGAGUACUUCCAUGGAACUCUACACUGCCUCAAUAUGUAUGCGAAUGUCCACAAACUGCAAUGAACACCCUCACAUUCAUGGGAUUCACAUGUGAUGUAUGGACAGAUGCAAAUUCGAAAUUGACAUGUUUUGGUGAAAGCUGUAUGACUGGGACCUUUACAUCUCCAAACUACCCAGACUUGUAUCUUCCACGUCACCGUAGUCUGUAUCUCAUCUAUGCACCCAAUGCUGCUUCCAUAACAUUCGUCUUUGACCAAAAUUUCGAAGUAGAGACCUCUAAAGACGAGAUGUACGCCGGUGAAGGGCUGCAACACCCUUUUCCACUGGUCUUCCAAAAUAAGACCACGUACCCUAUUUACUACGUUUACGAGGGCUAUGUCGCGCCACCACCAUUGACAUUACCAGGGGACACUGUAUGGAUGCUCUUUGACACUGAUAAAACUCGCCAAUAUCGCGGAUGGAGUCUGAAUUGGACAGCUUCUCUUCAACAAGAAUUCAACGUGGAACCAGUGAAUGUUACCGUAACGGAGGGAGAGAACGUUACAUUUGAGUCUUCUGUCCUAUAUAAACACGGUGUUAUGUCGUGGAUCAGAGACGGCAGUUUCUAUAUUAACAGAGAUUUGAACAUGCAAACAACUGACACUAGAUACAGUAUUGUUAGCACGAUAGCGAAUACCAUGUACAAUCUUCAUAUACUGAAUACGGAAGUCAAUGAUGCCGGCACGUUUGUGGGAUAUGUGUCUGCUAAGUACGCACAUCAAGCCAUCUACACGAAUUUAGUUAACCUUGUAGUACAUGCAAACCAAGCAUUCGUGGAUGUGCCAUCAACCUUGACAAUAAAUGAAGGCGAGGACGUUGACUGGAGAGUGUCUGUGAGUGACAAACAUGGCACACUGUCUUGGUAUAGAGAUGACACAAAGCUGACGCACGAUGACUCAUUACUGGUAUCAGAUACACGUAUUAGUGUGACAAGUAUAACUAUAAACACUGAUUAUACACUUCACAUCAAUGGAGCUGUCUUGUCAGAUGCUGGUACCUAUAUAGUAAGGGUAACUGGUGGCGAUCUCAAUGAUAUACCUAUAGAAACAAACCCAGUAACUCUUAACGUACAUGAUCUCGCAAUGCAAAGUUUCGUUGUGGUGCCCAGCACCACAGAGACAGUUGAGGGACUUGCUAUCGUACUAAAAUGCCAGGUCGAUCAUAAAGAGGGUACACUUAUCUGGUCAAAAGAUGGUGUUGACAUCACCAGUGACGUCACCAUCACCAGCAGUGCGUACAGUUCCCGAUAUUCCAUAACGGGUGACCAAUCCCAGGGAGAGUAUUUUCUAACAAUAUCUGAAACUGAGAAUGGGGAUAAUGGCAUUUACAGCGUACGAGUAACUGCCCCAAUUAACGAGAAUAGUCUUGAAAUAAAAUCACAGGAUGCUACACUAAUUAUACAUGAUCAUCAGAGGUUCAUUACAACACCAGAUAACAUAACAAUAGUAGAAGGACAGCCAUUGGUUCUACAAGUCUCUGUGAGCAACAAACAUGGCAUUGUGACAUGGGUCAGAAACCAUGUUGAUAUAAGUAGUGAUUACUCCAUGACUGUAAACGAUGCUCGUAUGUCCAUACAGGGGACAACACAAGACGUCAACUUUGAUCUUCACAUCAACAAUGUAAUUAUGUCAGAUGCAGGCUCCUAUACAGUACGUGUGUCUGCUGGCGCUUUGGAAGAUACCAACCUUUUUGACUACGAGAUCACGACCGUGCCGAUCUACAUCACUGUUCAAGAUAUCGAAACACAAAGUUUUACCAAAGAGCCCGAAUCGGCAGAUGUUGCAGAAAGCGGAACACUGGUAUUUUAUUGUGAAGUAGACCACAAAGAAGGAACGCUUAUUUGGUCAAAGGAUGGGAUCGAUAUUUCUUCGGACACUGUUAUAACUGGUGUUGACAGCCGAUACAGCAUAGUUGGUGACCACAGUAACGGAGAAUAUCACCUUCAGAUCACAGAUAUCAAGUAUGCCGAUAUUGGGCAAUACACUGUACGGGUGUCGGCGGGGGAUAACAGCCAAGAAAUUACGUCAUCCACUGUGUCAUUGACAGUAAGAGCCCCCACAGCGCCCCAAGAACCCAAGUGUUCAGUGAGUAGAAUCAACAAUAACCAAACAUUGCAACUGAAAUGUGAAUCGAGCGGUGGUGAUCCACCAGCCAUCCUAUACUGGUCAGGGGCAGAUAAUAUUGUACAUGGCGUACAUAAUCAAUCGUCAUCUGUCAAUGUUAUGAUGGCAGAGAUUGUAAUAACACAUAGCCUAGAGGGCGCUGUAUUAACGUGUAUGUCUAAUCACGUGACAUUCACUGAAUCGAAAACAUGCAGCGUUGGACCAAUACAAACAGGACUGAGUUUACCGCCCAGCAUGCCGCUAUGCUCAAUUUCCAAUGACAACCUUAUAUUGAGUGACACAGCUUUAUUGAGCUGUGAAUCAAUGGGCGGUAACCCCCCUGCUACCUUGACAUGGAGUAAAGAUAACGUUGUAUAUAAUGGAGAAUGGCUCAGCACUGAAACCGAAGUCCGAAUUGGUCUAGAAAUCAACCUAACCAGAGAUAUGGAUGGAGCAAUCUUUACUUGUGCAGCUGAUCAUAGUGCUUUCAACGAAACGAAGACGUGUACAGUGGGACCUCUAAACAUAGUGGAAAUUCCAUGGUGGUUAUCUGUAUGGUUCUGGCUUUUACUGGCUCUAUUAUUACUAGCUUUAAUUAUAAUACUUAUACUGUGUUGCUGUUGUUGCUGUCGUGGAAUGUUACCCUGUGGAUUCUGUAAUUAUUCCGAUAGAUGUUUAGCAUGUUGUCCAUGUUUACGAUACUGCGUGGCACCAAUGAAGAAGAGUGAGAAAAGUGAAGCUUCGACAAUGAUAGAAGCAGACGAUGCUGUGUUGAUUGGAUUCUCGCGAGGUAAGCAGACCUCUGACCUGUCAACUCAAACACCUGGGUACUUAGCAGAAGAUGGCAGAUACAUCAAGCAAGUGUCACAGCUGGAGCAGUUUUUAAAGGUUACCCAGGAGAAGGAAACUACCAACAAUAGCACUCACAGAGAUUAUAAGAAAACCAAGAAAACUACCAGUAAAAAAGACGAAUCUUCUUUAAGUAGUUCAGACAGCGAUGUCAAAGAAAAGAAAAAAAAAUCAGGAAAACAUGUGAUGAGGGGAAAGGGUAAAACAAAAGGAACACGAAAAACUACUGUAAAAGUUAUACAAACCCAAACUACUGACAUUGUUGAUGGAGACAUACAGACAAAAGAUGAUAUCAAAAUAGACGACACUCACGAUGAAAGAAGACACUCCGUCACAAUUAUCAACAGCGACCAGAACACCCGCACACAACUUGUUCCAGGAGAAAUGGGCGAACAACACGAUUAUUGCACUUCUUGUUCACCAUCGGAAUCUGAUGAUGGUAUUUUGGGUACUCAGUACAUGCCCAGGCCAAGCAGCUACAAAAAGCAUAUCAUAACUAGCAAUGUAGUCCGGACAUCUACAGAGAAAUCUGAAGGAACUGAUCAGAUAGGUAUCCGUUUGAUUAUAUAUUCUAUUAUAUGUGAAUACAAAAAAAAACGUAUUGUGUGA